AUGGGGGCAAAGUCCCUCACAUUGCUUACACCGAGCAUGAUUGGACCACCGCAAGAGAACUGCACCAAUUCAAUUCCGGGCCGCCCACAUGCACCUUGCGGGCGCUUACAUCUCGGCACCCUCAUUGGGCCGCCGCCGUUGUGA